UGAGAAUUGUUGCUGCUGUCCUACCGUCAUUCAAGAGUAGCAACAAAAACAACGGCAACAUUCAAAACAUUGUCAAGAACAGUCAGAAAUAAAAGCAAGAAAUUGGAUCUGCCAAAAUUUCAAGGAGGUUUUACAUUUCAGCCUAAAUAACAGAUUACUCACAAUCAGGCUGCACAAUGUCUUCAACCUACGACUACUAUGGAUGGGAUCUGCUUCACAAAACUGUCUGCUCCAAGCUCGAGAACGAAUUCGACAUUAUAUUAGUCCUGGCCCACUGGUUUCUAACCAAGAAUGCAUUGUUCCGGUGCAUCGGCAUAGGCGACGACAAAACACUGGGACCCGAUGAUGUCGGCUCAGAGCUGCUGCCGGAGGGCUGGAACGCCUCCAAUAACAAAUACGCCCUUCGAUAUCGGUACGGGGACGAUGUCUACAUUUUGCUAGGAGUCAAGACUGAAAAUAAUUUCGUUCUAAAUUUGCUGGACUCGAAAUCACGGAAUGUAUCGAAUCUCUCCAUCUGUCCAACGAAUGUGGUUAAGGAGAGCAUGGGCCCUCUUCCCGUAAUGAUACCGACCGUAAAUUUGAUUUUGGAUCGCAUGAAGCGGGAGUUGCUGGAUCCGGUCUUCAGCGGCUCGAAAAAGGAAAUGGAGACGCAAACUGAGGCGGCGAGAGCUCGAUCACGUUCACCUCCUGUACCGACUAUUUUGCCUGAAGCUAGGUUCCCGCCGGAUCCGUUGGCUAUCCCAAGGUCAAUGUCGGAUAACACCACUAGGCGAGAUCCCCUUCGAGAUGUUGGUCGCGGCGAUCUCGAUCCUUUAGGUCGUGGAGGUGGUGGUAUGAUCUUUACCCCGCCCGGGAUGCCAUUCGGACCUCCUGGCGGCGGAUUUAAUCCAGCAUUGAGGCGGCCUCCAGGCGCACGAUUCGAUCCAUUCGGCCCACCGGACCCUGACCGUCCUUUCGGUAGGAAUCCAAAUCCGAAUCCAGAUGUUUUUCGACCACCACCCGACUAUGAUGACAUGUACAUGUAAAAAAUGAGGUUUUUGGCAUAAUAAACUGAAUUUGGGUAAU